CAUAAAAUUUUGUUGUUGACUCAACGUGGAAAGCACGGGUGAAAUUACAGAAACCGGUUCUGUUAUUUUUACAGAUUAUUUUUAACAGUAGAAGUAUGAUCGGCGGGUGAUUUGGACAUUUAAAACCAUGCAGGUCUCCACUGUUAACAACGUGAAAAUCUAUAACCUGAGCCAUGGGAAAUCCCUUCCAGAGUGGUUGUCAGACCGGAAGAAAAGAGCUCUACAAAAGCAAGAUGUUGACAUCCAACGAAGAAUCGAACUCAUUCAGGAUUUCGAUAUGCCUACAGUAUGCACUUCACUCAAGGUGUCACGUGACGGCCAAUACAUUUUGGCUGCAGGCACAUACAAACCCAGGGUACGCUGUUAUGACACCACACAGCUGUCCUUGAAAUUUGAGAGGUGUUUGGACUCUGAUGUUGUUGCAUUCGACAUCCUCUCUGAUGAUUACUCCAAGUUGGUGUUCCUUCACAUCGACCGCUAUGUGGGGUUCCACUCUCAGCAUGGCCAUUACUAUAAAACAAGAAUCCCGAAGUUUGGACGCGACUUCUCGUAUCACUACCCCUCCUGUGACCUUUACUUUGUAGGAGCCAGUUCUGAAGUGUUCCGGUUGAACCUUGAGCAGGGUCGCUUCCUCAACUCCCUAGAGACCAGUGCAGUAGAGCACAAUGUAUGUGAUAUCAACCCCAUUCAUCACCUGUUUGCUACAGGGACAAUAGAGGGCAAGGUCGAAUGCUGGGACCCACGCGCCAGGAAUCGUGUGGGCAUUUUAGACUGUGCUCUGGGCAGUGUGGCGGACAACACAGAAGUUGAUGGCUUGCCCUCAGUCACUGCACUCAAGUUCCAUGAUUCCCUGGGCUUGGCUGUGGGCACAAGUACUGGGCAGAUUCUCCUGUAUGACCUGCGCUCAUCGCAGCCCCUGCUGGUGAAGGACCACUACUACAGCCUUCCCAUCCACUCGCUCAACUUCCACGACCAGUUGGACCUUGUCAUCUCUGCCGACUCCAAGAUCAUCAAGAUGUGGAACAAGGACACGGGUAAAAUCUUCUCUACUGUUGAACCCCAGACCAACAUCAAUGACGUGUGCAUGUACCCAAAUUCUGGUAUGCUUUUUACCGCGAAUGAGGAUCCCAAAAUGAACACGUUAUAUAUUCCGGCCCUGGGCCCUGCUCCACGCUGGUGCUCCUUCCUGGACAAUCUGACAGAGGAGCUGGAGGAGAACCCAGAGAGCACCGUCUACGAUGACUACAAGUUUGUCACCCGGAAAGACCUUGAUAACCUGGGUCUUGCUCAUCUGAUCGGCACGCCCCUCCUGCGAGCCUACAUGCACGGCUUCUUCAUGGACAUCCGACUAUAUCAUAAGGUCAAGACCAUGGUUAAUCCAUUUGCCUAUGACGAGUACCGCAAGGACAAGAUUCGGCAGAAGAUCGAGGAGUCCAGGGCACAGCGUGUUCAGCUAAAGAAGCUGCCCAAGGUGAACAAGGAGUUGGCGUUGAAGUUGCUGGAUGAGGGAGAGGACGAGGCCCUGCUGAAAUCUAAGAAGAAGAAGGCCAAGGGCACCACGAGCCUGCUGAGCGACGACCGCUUCAAGGUGAUGUUCGAGAACCCUGACUACCAGGUGGACGAGCAGAGCGAGGAGUACCGGCUGCUCAACCCGCUGGUCUCCAAGGUCAGCCAGAAGCGAAAGAAGAAGCUACGCAUGCUCGCCCAGAUGGAGGAGGAGGACGAGAGGAAGGCCCAGCAGCAGGAGGAUGAGGAGGAGCCGGAGGGCCGCGGCAGCUCGGACGAGGACACCUCGGAUGACGACGAUGACAAGAGCUGGGUGGCCGAGGUGCGCGAGCAGCGGCGGCAGCUGCACUUCGAGAGGUACAACGCCAAGGAGAAGGAGAGGGCCGACCGGCAGCAGGACCGCAACACUGACCUGCGGGACUCAGCCAGCGGCUCCGGUGCGGGUGCCAGGCCACAUCAGGGCCGGGGCCAGGGCCAGUCGCAGGCCCAGCCACGCUUCUACCAGAUCAAAGCCGGGGAAGAGUUCCGCAGCUUUGGGGACGUGGCUCGCAAACAGAAGCUGCAGAAGGCCACCUUAGAGGAGCGUCUGAGGCUGGAUGAGAGCGCGGGGAUGUCCAAUCUGGCCGAUUCGGCCGUUGGCAGCAAACAGCUCACGUUCACACUGAAAAAGUCUGAGAAGCAGCGCUUUCAGCAGAGGGCGGAGCGAGAUCACCAUGAGGAGCGGAGGAAGAUCAGGAGAUCCGCCGGACACCUGCAGACAGGAGGAGGAGGCCGAGGCCGUGGAGGCUGGGGAGGAGGAGGUGGAAGAGGAAGAGGCAGGGGUGGUGGAGGAGGAGGAAGA